AAAAGUUUGUUGUAAUUGGAAUGAUCACCUUCCCAAUUUUGGACAUGGAGGGUCAAACCCAACUCCUUACAACAAGUAUCUCGAGAGCAACGCAGAACAGACCUCAUCUAGCUGGAGGGUCAAACCCAAUUUUUAUUUUUCUAAAAGAAAAAGAUGAACUCAAAGUUAACUUUGAUUGCAGCAACACUAGCUGUAGUGUCCGUAGUGUUGGCUCUGAACCCACUUUAUUUGUUGAAGCUUUUUGGUAAUGGAGUAGCUCCUAUUUCAGGGUCCCAUGACCUCCUCCACACUGCACAAUUAAUCCAGGUACCCGGAGCCCUUGGCCCAGAGAGCCUUGCCUUCGACCCCAACGGCGGUGGGCCCUACACCGGCGUCGCCGACGGCCGUAUUCUCAAGUGGGAUCAAAACGACCGUCGUUGGACUGACUUUGCUGUCACCUCUUCUCAGAGGAAGGAGUGUAUUCGCCCUUUUGCACCAGAACUGGAGCAUGUUUGUGGAAGGCCUUUAGGACUAAAGUUUGAUACAGAAACUGGAGAUCUCUAUAUUGCUGAUGCAUAUCUUGGCCUUCAAGUAGUAGGCCCUGCUGGAGGUUUGGCAUCUCAAGUGGUCAGAGAAGUUGAAGGUCAGCCACUUCGCUUCACCAAUGAUAUGGACAUUGAUGAGCAUAAGGAUGUGAUUUACUUCACAGAUUCAAGCACAGUAUUCCACAGAAGGCAAUUCAUGUCAUCAAUCUUGAAUGGAGACCGAACUGGCAGAUUACUCAAAUACAAUAAAUCAAACAAAGAAGUAACAGUUUUACUACGAGGUCUUGCCUUUGCCAACGGUGUUGCAUUGAGCAAAGACCACUCUUUUGUGCUAGUGGCUGAAACAACUACUUGCAGGAUCUUGAGGCUUUGGCUUCAUGGUCCAAAUGCUGGAAAUACUGAUACUUUUGCAGAGCUUCCAGGAUUCCCAGACAACAUAAGAAGGAACUCGAAAGGGGAGUUUUGGGUUGCACUGCAUGCAAAGAGGGGAUUUUUCGCGAAGUGGUUUGUCUCUAACAGAUUGGUUGGCAAGUCACUGCUAAAGCUUCCCCUUGAUUUUAAACAACUGCAUUCGCUACUAGUCGGAGGGAAGGCCCAUGCAACUGCUAUCAAGUUAAGCGAGAGCGGUGAAAUUUUGGAAGUUUUGGAAGAUUGUGAGGGAAAGAAUAUGAGAUUCAUUAGUGAAGUGGAAGAGAAGGAUGGCAAGCUGUGGAUUGGGUCAGUUUUAAUGCCAUUUCUAGGCAUUUAUGAACUGUAGGAAUUAGGAAACAAGUACUUGAGUAAUUGUAAUGGUACAUGAUCUUUGAUUUGUGAAUUUCUGCUUGAAUUUCUUUUCAGCGCACAUGAUUGUGGAUCUUUGAGUUUA